AUGUCUAAAUUCAAAACUAUUAUAAACGGGAAGAAUUGCGAGGAUUAUCUUGAGUGCCCAAUCUGUCAGUGUGUUUUCACGGAUCCAAGACACUUUUUUCCAUGUCUUCAUACAUUUUGUUGUGAAUGUUUAGUUAGAAAUAUAGAAACUUGCAUCGAAAAUCCUUAUUAUGAAAUAACGUGCCCGCUUAGCAGGACUGCUUCAGAAAAAACGGUUUCCUUCUUCAUAGGUCGUCCAAGAGCGAAGUGGUUGGAAGCAUUUCCUAAAAAUAGAAACAUUUCUGAUGUGCUUGAAUUACUAAAGAGGGAAGAUGAAUAUUGUUGUAUUCAUCCAAAUAGGUUAGUUGAAUUAAUCUGUGUGGAUGAUAGUGCCUUGUGCUGCAGCGAAUGUUUGUUGCGGAAACACAGGCGUUGUGGAAUAGUAGAGAGGAUAGAGGAUUACACUCCAACAUAUUUAGAAAAGACCCGUGAAGAACAACUGUACUUUGAAAAUGGGACGGAGGCCGACAUAACAUCAGCUAAGACACUUUUUGACGCGAAUAAUUUAAUGCUUAAUCGUUUGAAGGGAUUUGAAAAGCAGUUACAAGACGUUAUAAAAAAUUUCGAGCGAAUACAGUAUGACAUAUUUUUGAAAAUCAGUUCACUUAAACAGCACUACAAGAAAGAUAUCGAAACAUUAAAAAAGAAAGUAAAUGAAUCAGCAAGUUUGUUAACUCUUUUACAGUGUCAAAGUGAUAUCAAAUCAUCGAGGAAAGACUUUGGUGACUUACUUGCAGAUAUUAGAAGAAUUGACGGCCGCGUUACCGAAAUUGUGCCAGAUGUUAACUUAUUGCAAGAAGAACUUGAGAAUCUAAAAAUGUCCCUCAUCAAAGACUUAGACACAAAAAGUAAUAAUUCUUAUACAUGUACCGACGACGAGACAAGAGAGCGCUCGGGGGGAAAUUCUUCAGAUGUUUCUGAAAUUAAACCUUGCCGUGAAUUGAAUUCGGCGCGCUUCCGAUCGUUUGGAGUGUUGGGCUUUCCUGGUAUGAAUAAGGACUAUAAAGAAUUUUUUGGCGGAGAUGAAGAUGACGGCCGUGCCAAAAGUGCCUGUAAGACCCAGAACAGAAAUAAGCGAGAUAAAGAAAAGCCUCGGAUGCUACAUAGACGUACUACAACAGAAUACAAUAGAAGACCUCGACCGCCGGAAUAUACUAGCAUAGAACUGCUGAUUUUAUGA